GAGGACAGAAGAGUCUUACAAAAACAAUACUCUAUUGUUUUUACGUUCUUGAUUUUACUUGCUUUCUUCUUCUCUUGUUCUUCUUUCCCGUCGAUCAACACUUUUGUUUUCACAUUCUAUAAACCACCUUUUCACUGUGUUACCAUCUUGGGUUUUUCUCUACCGUGUAAAGUUUUGAUUUUUAUCAGUCUUUUGGGCACAAUCGUUUGAUGGGCAUGUAAAGUUUUGAUGUUUAUCCACAUUUUCUGGAAAAUUAGUUGAUGGGUGUGUCACUUUUUAUGUUAAUUCACUCUUUUUUGUGCAAUUGAAUUGAAUUCAUUGGUUGUGUUAUAGUAGAUUGUAAUCGGAAUUCAAGUGUAUUCUAAUGUUAAUGGUUUGAGUAGUUUGGGAUUUUCUUGUGUCAACUAAAUUGUAUUGUCUUGGUAGAAUGUGUGAUUUUUCGAUUUGUUGAAUGAUGGAAGAAAAUGGAGAAAAUGGGGAUGAUCAAGGCUCUGGAUGGUUGCAAGUCAAAAAGAAGCACAGAAGUAGUUCGAAGUUCUCUUUGCAUGGUUGGGUUGGAGGUCUAUCAGGAAAGCCAGCUCCAAAAGCUUUUCAAAGUCAGCCAUCUUUGGACAAAAGACGGUCAAGUAUUGAUUCUGGUUCUCAGAAUUUAAAAGCGAGUGAAGGUUCAGUUGUACAAGACGUCAGUAAUGUUGUUGAUCAUUCAUCUGUUACAAAUAAAGAUUCCACACUUGACAAAUGUGUUGUUAGUAACAAAUGUGCUACUUCAGUGGUGAAAACUGUAGAAGGUUUAAGUUCUGAUGGCAGACCUGGAGAUGAUCAAAAGAUUUCUGGAAAGGAUGUUGUCAUUCAGAAGAUCAAAUGGGGUGAUUUAGAUGAUGAAGUACUAAUCAUGGAUUCAGGAAAUAUAUAUGGAGCUCAUAUCAAGUUCGGUGGUUUCGAAAAUGAUAAUUUGGUUAGCAGGAAGGCUGAGACUGGUGCUGUUUCAGGCACAUGUAUGCCUUCUAGCUGCAAACCUGGAAAGAGCACUUUCAUUACAGCAAAAUGUGAGGAUGAACACAUGCAGAAGCCAUUAUUUUCACCUCAGGCUAAAUCUUUCCAGGAAGAACUGAAAGAGGGGAAUGAGGUAGCUUCCAAUGAAGUAGAUAUACAAAUAACAUAUGAUCAUAGACCUAGUUCUGCUAAUGAUGUUUUGGGCUCCGAGAGAGCAAACUAUGUGCAUACUAAUAGUGAACCCUCGAAUUCUUCUUGUCCUUACAAUGAAAGUAGCACACCCAAAGUUGAAGCAGUAUUAAAUAUGGAACCUUUGGCAUCUGAUGUCAUAUGUGAAACUGGUGCCGCAGUAAUACCUGAGGUGGCUAUUAUAGAUGAAUCUUCAAGCACAGUGACAGAUGUUGUACCUUCUGCUACAGCAUUACCUGAGAAGAGUGGUGGGGGGAGUCCAAGACAAUCUAACACACCAGAGUUCAACGAAGACUGCAUGGAUCUAGGAACACAGUUGGUAGCUAAUGGAUUCUCAGAAGUGCCACUUGAUAUCGGUAAAUAUGAAGCAGUUGAAAGCAAGGAGAGGUUUAGGCAACGGCUAUGGUGUUUCCUCUUUGAGAAUCUUAAUAGGUCUAUUGAUGAACUUUAUCUUUUAUGUGAACUAGAAUGUGAUACAGAGCAAAUGAAAGAGGCUGUUCUUGUUCUUGAAGAAGCUGCAUUUGAUUUUAAAGAAUUAAAAUCUAGAGUUGUGGAAUUUGAGACGGUAAAAAAAGCAUCUCCAAAAUUAAAUGACGGGGCACCAAUGACACUAAAAUCUGAUCAGCGUAGGCCACAUUCACUGUCAUGGGAGGUUCGUCGAAUGACAACUUCACCCCAUAGGGCAGAAAUUUUAUCUUCAUCUCUCGAGGCUUUUAGUAAAAUUCAACAGGAAAGAGCUAAAACACAUACAUCUGACUAUGCUGAACGGAAGGGAUUUGAUGAUCUAGAUAGACAUCGUAGAACCAUUAAUAUGUUGGAGAAGCAAACCUGUGGAACUGAUACAAUAUCUGAUUGUAAAGCAUCAGCAGUGAAGCCAAGGAAGCAGAGUGGAGUUAUAGCUGUUACCCAGGGAAGCUCAAGUAGAGAAAGGAGGACUGCUGAUUUAAGCAGGUCCAACAAAAUGAAGUCACUACAAUAUGGCCGUACUUCUAUACAGAACGAUAUGGCCUCUGAAUCAAAUGAAGUUAAGUUAACUCUUAAAGAUUGUUCAUCUGUUACUGUAAUUGGAAAGGGCAAGCGAGAACUGAUCGGACCAACUUCCGAGGUGGAAAAGAUUAUUCUGAAAAAGGAUAGGUUGUCAACUGAUACUAUUGCAGAGAGACAUUCUAAAUAUAUGGACAAUCUCAGAAGACAAAAUCCUCUUUUGGAAAGGGAUAGAGAUCAAAAAAUAGGUUCAAGUAUUGACUUGUGGAAAUCCAUGGAUGCUUGGAAGGAGAAGAGGAAUUGGGAAGACAUACUUGCAACUCCUACACGUUUUUCUUCUCGUUUUUCAUAUUCACCUGGCAUGGCAAGAAAGAGUGCAGAGCGUGCACGUAAUCUGCGAGAUAAGCUAAUGUCUUCUGAGAAGAAGAAAAGGACGGUCGUAGAUCUAAAGAAGGAUGCAGAAGAGAAGCAUGCACGAGCUAUGAGAAUUAGAGGUGAGCUAGAAACUGAGAGAGUUCAAAAGCUUCAGCGGACUUCAGAGAAAUUGAACCGUGUUAAUGAGUGGCAAGCUGUUCGCAGCAUGAAGUUGCGUGAGGGAAUGUUUGCUCGGCAACAACGAGGAGAAUCUCGACAUGAGGCUUUUCUUGCUAAAGUUGUAAGAAGAGCUGGUGAUGAAAGCAGCAAAGUUAAUGAAGUUCGGUUUAUUACUUCACUAAAUGAUGAAAACAAAAAGAUUAUUUUGCGUGAGAAACUUCAGGAUUCUGAAGUGAGGAGAGCUGAAAAACUUCAAGUUUUGAAAAUUAAACAAAAGGAGGACAUUGCAAGAGAAGAAGCCGUUUUGGAACGGAAGAAGCUCAUUGAAGCUGAGAAGUCGCAACGUCUUGCUGAGACGCAGCGGAAAAAGGAAGAAGCUCUGGUGAGAAGAGAAGAGGAACGUAAAGCAUCAAGUGCAGCACGUGAGGCAAAGGCUAUGGAACAAAUGCGAAGGAAGGAGGUCCGUGCCAAAGCCCAACAAGAGGAAGCAGAACUCCUUGCUCAGAAACUAGCUGAAAGACUCCGCGAAAGUGAACAGCGGCGUAAAUUUUACUUGGAACAAAUACGAGAAAGAGCUUCCAUGGAUUUUAGAGACCAAUUAUCCCCUUUCCGGCGUUCUUUACAUAAGGAGGGGCAGAGUAGGUUUACACCAACUAAUAAUGGAGAAAUUGAUACAGCAAAUAAUACUUCAAGUCACAUUGAUGCUGUUCUUUCAACUGGAAAUUCAGCACAUCAAAACUCAUUUAAAAAAAGGAUUAAAAAAAUCCGUCAAAAGCUUAUGGCUCUGAAACAUGAAUUUUUGGAGCCUUCAGCUGGUCCUGAAAACUCAGGCAGUGGUUAUAGAGCAGCAGUAGGGACUGCAAGGGCAAAAAUCGGGAGAUGGCUUCAGGACCUCCAAAGACUUCGACAAGCUAGAAAAGAAGGGGCUUCAAGCAUUGGAUUAAUAACUGCUGAAAUGAUUAAGUUCCUGGAGGGAAAGGAACCUGAGCUGCAAGCCUCUAGACAAGCAGGUCUUCUCGACUUCAUUGCUUCUGCUUUGCCAGCUUCGCACACAUCCAAGCCUGAAGCAUGCCAGGUGACAGUGUACCUUUUAAGACUUUUGCGGGUAGUAUUGUCUUUGCCUGCGAACAGGAGUUACUUUCUUGCACAGAAUCUUUUGCCUCCAAUAACUCCCUUGUUGGCUGGAGCACUUGAAAACUAUAUUAAGAUUGCAGCAUCUUCAAAUAUCCCUUCUUCCACCAACUUACCAUUGAAUAGAACAUUAAUAGAAAAUUUGGAGUCGAUCACUGAGAUCUUGGAUGGUUUUCUAUGGACUGUGACUGUAAUCAUCAGUCAUGUAAGCAAUGAUGAGCAUCAGCUCCAAAUGCAGAAUGGAUUGCUGGAGCUUGUUAUUGCCUAUCAAGUUAUACACCGAUUACGAGAUCUUUUUGCACUUUACGAUAGACCACAAGUGGAAGGCUCACCAUUUCCGUCAUCUAUUCUCUUAAGCAUCAACUUGUUGGUAACUUUGACAUCGAGAUUCAGAACGGUGUCUUCCAUUGAUUGGGAUUAUUCUCCUAGUGGUAUAAUUCCUAAUAUUAUAAUUGAAGAGGAAAAACUUGCCGAGGUUUCCCUAUUGGGAUCUUCCUCUUUCUAUAAUUGUACUAACGAUCAUGAAUUACCAAUAUCUGUUGCAAGUGAUGCCCCAUCUGUAUCAUUGCCAGAAGUCCCAGAGGAUAAGGCACUUGAUGAAUCAUGUCCAAGUAGCUUAAUGGAAAAAGCCACUGAUAAAAAUGCAGAUAAGGUUCAAAGUACUACCACUAAGAUGGAUAUGACAGAAACUAUCAAACCGUCCCAGAAUCUAAAAGAUGAUAAAGUCAAGCCAUCUGCUUCUAGAAAGGAUGAAAAGAGUUCUGUGUAUAGCGGUGCGGUGGAAAUAAAGGAAGAAAGAUUGGGCCUCAAACAACCUGUAGCAUUUCUUCUCUCUGCUAUAUCUGAAACUGGCUUAGUCUGCCUUCCUUCUCUGUUGACAGCUGUCCUACUGCAGGCUAACAAUAGGCUGUCUUCCGACCAGGGAUCCUAUGUCCUUCCAUCUAAUUUUGAGGAUGCGGCAACUGGAGUGCUGAAGGUGCUGAACAAUUUAGCUCUAAUUGAUAUAAAUUUCAUUCAAAUGAUGCUAGCCAGGGCAGACCUAAAAAUGGAGUUCUUCCACUUGAUGAGUUUUCUACUUUCUCAUUGCACAAGCAAGUGGGGUGUUGCUAGCGAUAAGAUUGGAUUGCUUCUGUUUGAAUCAUUACUGCUUCUCAGCUACUUUUCCUUGUUCCAUUAUGAGAAUCAAGCUGUUUUACGAUGGGGAAAGAGCCCUACCAUUCUUCAUAAGGUGUGCGAUCUGCCUUUCGUAUUCUUCAGCGAUCCAGAAUUGAUGCCUAUCUUGGCGGGGACUCUCGUUGCUGCUUGCUUUGGCUGUGACCAGAACAAGGACGUGGUUCAGCAAGAACUCAGCACAGACAUGCUCCUUUCCUUGCUCAGAUCAUGUAAAAACGGAUUGCCUGCAUUUUGUCCGCGAUCAGUUAUAGAAAGUCGUCCUGUGGAUGAGGUUACUGACUCUAUUCAGUUAGGACCUGAAAUAAGAAAACUGCAGGGUGAUAUCUCGCAACGGUCAAAUCGUUUCAAUGUAAGAAGCAAUCGAACUCUUGGGAAAGGCGGGGGCCCAGGAAAUAGUGGCAGAACUCUUAAGAUGCGAAACACAAGAGACUUUAAACCGUCGAAAUCAUAUGAAGAAAAGAGUUCAAAGAACGGUCCAUUAACUUCACAGGCUCCAUGUAAUUUAAUGCUGCACUCGAGGUUCCCAGAGAGCUUCAUAAAUAGAGCAGAGCAAUUCUUUUGUGCAGAUGUGACCACCAGUGUGAGUGAAGAAACAGCAGUACAAUAACAGGUUCUCUUAUGUCCAGUAUCAGGUAUUUGUGAAACAAUGGGUGCAAAUAUCCACACGGUUGCACAGUUUUGAUUAUGAGAAAGCUGUUAAAUAGACCUGGAAUUAUGAAAAAAUAUGUAUACAUACAUAUCUUGAGUCUUGACCAAUUAAACACGUAAAGAAACUUUACAAUUCA